AUGUCAAAGGAUGUUCGAAAACCAUUCGCCGAUGACUCCCCUGAAAAGGAAGAAGGAACGGGGGAGCAAAUUCAACACACCGUCCGAGACUUUUGUGAGCAAACUACGUUUCAUGGAGUUAACAUGAUAUUUACCACAACACUCUUCUGGGUUCGCGUUCUUUGGGUCAUCAUCAGUUUUAUAUGCAUCGGUCUCUGCUUGUAUUCUUUCUCACAUAUCAAAGCGAAAUAUGACCGGCAAGAAAAAAUUGUAAACGUCGAACUCAUGUUCGAAUCUGCACCGUUUCCCGCGAUCACCGUCUGUAAUCUUAAUCCGUUCAAGAAUCAUUUGGCAAGAAGUGUUCCAGAAAUUUCCGAAACGCUCGACGCUUUCCACCAAGCCGUUGUUUAUAGUAAUGACGCCACCAUGGAUGAACUGACCGGCCGUGGAAAACGAAGCCUGAAUGAUGGCCCUUCUUUUAAAUAUCUUCAAUAUGAACCAGUAUAUUCGGAUUGCUCAUGUGUGCCGGGAAAACAAGAGUGUAUAGCUCAAACUUCAAUUCCACGAAGCCUGGAGAACGCGUGCAUAUGUAAUUACGACCGACAAGAUGGCAGUGCUUGGCCAUGUUAUAGUGCUCAAACAUGGGAGAAGUCGAUCUGUCCCGAAUGCAAUGACAUUGGAUUUUGUAAUGUGCCGAAUACAACUGGAAACGGGAACAUCCCAUGUUAUUGUCAACUGGCAAUGGGUUACUGUGUUUUUCUCCCCGAGAGUCGAGUACGGAGAGUUUGGGAAUUUCAAGGAAACAAGAUUCCCGAAAAGGGUAGUCCUCUUCGUAAAGAGUACUUGGAGCAGCUGACGCAGCUGGGUUAUGGUAAUAUGACCGAUCAAGUGGCGAUCACCACACAGGCGAAGGAAAAAAUGAUUUUGAAAAUGUCUGGACUCCACCCUCAACGGCGCGCUGCUUUGGGUUACGGAAAAUCAGAGUUCAUUAAAAUGUGCUCGUUUAAUGGUCAACAAUGUAACAUUGACACCGAGUUUAAGCUGUACAUUGACUCCUCAUUUGGCAAUUGCUAUACAUUCAAUGCGGAUCCCAACAAGAAUCUCACGAGUAGUCGAGCUGGCCCGAGUUACGGUCUCCGUUUGAUGUUGUUCGUCAACACUUCUGAUUAUUUGCCCACUACCGAGGCAACUGGAGUACGAUUAGCGAUACAUGGAAAACAAGAAUGCCCAUUCCCGGAUACCUUCGGCUACUCAGCACCUACUGGAGCCAUCUCUUCCUUUGGAAUUUCAUUGAGAAAAUUAAAUCGGUUACCAGACAAAAAUUGUUAUAAUGAAGAUAGUCCGCCACGUGACAAUAUUUAUAAAGAGUAUAAAUAUGAACCAGAGGGUUGCUUCCGUUCUUGCUAUCAACGUCGUAUGAUUGGAAAAUGUGGUUGUGCGGAUCCCCGUUUUCCAAACCCUUGGGGACGGAGCCCAUGGUGUGAUUCCAGAAAUUCUACAGUUUGUAAGUUGUACAUUGUGAGUUUCCCUUUUAUAAAGUCGAUUUCAGUGAAUUGCCUCACAACGGAAGGUGCUAAAUUAUCUCUGAAAAAUCGAUGUAGAUGUAUCCACCCCUGCAAACAGGACCAGUAUACAACAACAUAUUCUGCUGCAAAAUGGCCCAGUGCUAGUACACAAUCACAUUGUGAAGAUCAGUCGAAAGAUUGCAACCGCUAUUUACAUCAGCACGCAGCAAUGAUCGAAAUUUAUUACGAACAGAUGAGUUAUGAGAUUUUGAGCGAGUCGGAAUCGUAUUCAUGGUUCAACUUGAUGGCGGAUAUGGGUGGUCAAGCCGGAUUGUUUUUAGGAGCAAGUAUCAUGAGUGUAAUCGAAUUCUUGUUCUUUGCUGUCCGCACGUUUGGCAUCGCAUGCAACUCCAAACGAUGGAAACAAAAGAAUGAACGUUUGCGUGCCGAGGAAUUGAACGAUGCUGAAAAAGGGUCGAGCACGAAUAAUAACUGA